CAUUCACCUCUCCAUCCUACUUUUCCCCUUCCAAACUCUUCUCUCACCUUCUCACAACCCCUCCAUCUUACCCCUCCAACUCACUGCUUUCAAAGGGCACCCCGCAGUAUCUGCCAGGGCCUUUUCUCUCUCUUCCCUCCUAUACACCCCUCUACAUCGAUUCCCUCACACACACACACACACACAUCCAUCACAAUGGUGCAAUCCUCCGUGCUCGGUUUCCCCCGCAUGGGUGCGAACCGUGAGCUCAAGAAGGCCAACGAGGCGUACUGGGCCGACAAGCUCUCCCGUGAUGAGCUCCUGAACGAGGCCAAGCGCCUUCGUCUCGAGCACUGGAAGAUCCAGAAAGAUGCCGGCGUCGAUGUUAUCCCCAGCAACGACUUCGCUUUCUACGACCAUCUCCUCGACCACAUUCAGCUCUUCAACGCUAUCCCCGAGCGUUACUCCAAGAACAACCUUCACAAGCUCGAUGAGUACUUUGCUAUGGGUCGUGGUCACCAAAAGGAUGGCGUCGACGUUCCCAGUUUGGAGAUGGUCAAGUGGUUCGACUCAAACUACCACUACGUCAAGCCUACCUUCCAGGAUGGCCAAACCUUCAAGCUCGCCGAUAACCCCAAGCCUGUUGUCGAGUUCACAGAGGCCAAGGAGGCUGGCAUCACCACCCGCCCCGUCCUCGUCGGCCCCGUCUCCUUCCUCGCCCUAGGCAAGGCUGACCGUGACCAAUCCGUUGACCCCAUCUCUCUCCUCGAGAAGCUCCUUCCCGUCUACGUCGAGCUCCUUGAGAAACUCAAGGCUGCCGGUGCCGAGACUGUCCAGAUCGACGAGCCUGUCCUCGUUUACGAUAUUCCUCAAAAGGUCAAGGACGCUUUCAAGCCCGCUUACGAGAAGCUCACCAGCAGCAAUCUGCCCAAGCUGGUCCUUGCCACCUACUUCGGUGACAUUGUCCACAACUUUGAUGUCUUCCCUGCCAUCAAGAGCGUCUAUGGUGUUCACGUCGAUCUUGUGAGGAACCCUGAGCAGCUCGAUGCCGUCAUCGGUCAGCUUGGCUCCAACCAGGUCCUCUCUGCUGGUGUCGUUGAUGGUCGCAACAUCUGGAAGACCAACUUCAAGCGUGCCAUUGAGACCGUCGAGAAGGCCAUCCAGAAGCUCGGCAAGGACCGUGUUCUCGUGGCUACUUCCAGCUCUCUUCUCCACACCCCUCACUCUCUCGACAGCGAGAAGAAGCUGCCCACGGAAGUCAAGGACUGGUUCUCCUUCGCCGUGCAAAAGACCUCUGAAGUCGUCACCAUCGCCAAGGCCAUCACUGAUGGCCCCGCCGCCGUGCGUGAUGCUCUUGAGGCCAACGCCAAAUCUAUGCAAGCCCGUGCUUCUUCUGAGCGCACCAACAACAAGGCUGUUCAGGAUCGUCAAGCCAAGGUCACCGCCGAGAUGCACGAGCGCAAAUCUGCCUUCCCCGAGCGAUACGCUCAACAGAAGACGCAUCUCAGCCUGCCUACCUUCCCUACCACCACCAUUGGUUCUUUCCCCCAAACCAAGGAGAUCCGUAUCCAGCGUAACAAGUUCACCAAGGGUGAAAUCACCGCUGAACAAUACGAGAAGUUCAUUGAGAAGGAGAUCGAUGAGGUCAUCAAGAUCCAGGAUGAGCUUGGUCUCGAUGUCUACGUGCACGGCGAGCCGGAGCGUAACGACAUGGUGCAAUACUUCGGUGAGAGGCUCGACGGCUACGUCUUCACCACCAACGGUUGGGUUCAGUCCUACGGCUCUCGCUGCGUCCGUCCCCCAAUUGUCGUCGGUGACAUCUCUCGUCCUGCCCCCAUGUCCGUCAAGGAGUCCAAGUACGCUGCUUCCGUCUCCAAGAAGCCCAUGAAGGGUAUGCUUACAGGCCCCAUCACCUGCCUCCGAUGGUCUUUCCCCCGUGACGACGUCCACCAGUCCGUCCAGGCUCAACAGCUUGCCCUCGCUCUGCGCGACGAGGUCGUCGAUCUCGAGGCUGCUGGCAUCUUCGUUAUCCAAGUCGAUGAGCCUGCUCUUCGUGAGGGUCUCCCUCUCCGAUCUGGCACUGAGCGCGAGAAGUAUCUCGAAUGGGCCGUCAACUCGUUCAAGCUUGCGUGUGCCGGUGUCCAGGACUCUACUCAGAUCCACUCUCACUUCUGCUACUCCGAGUUCCAGGACUUCUUCCACGCUAUUGCCGCCCUCGAUGCCGAUGUCCUAUCCAUCGAGAACAGCAAGAGUGACGCCAAGCUCCUCAAGGUCUUCGAGGACAAGGCCUACCCCCGUCACAUCGGUCCCGGUGUGUACGACAUCCACUCUCCUCGUGUUCCCUCGGAGCAGGAGAUCAAGGACCGCAUCGCCGAGAUGUUGGUCUACCUUAAGCCCGAGCAGCUUUGGGUCAACCCCGACUGCGGUCUCAAGACCCGCCAGUGGAAGGAGACCAAGGCCGCUCUCGUAAACUUGGUCAAUGCGGCCAAGUUCUACCGCGAGAAGUACGCUUCGUAA